AUGAAGAAUGGAGUAAAAGGGUUCAAUAUUUGGAAUCCAGUUGAGAAGAAGAUAGUUAUGAGUAGAGAUGUCACAUUUGAUGAGAUGUCUAUGGUAAAUUAUUGGGGUUAUCGGCAGGUGGAGAACAGAAGCACCAGUACUAGUGAGCCUUUGCAGCAGGUGGAGAUUGAUGAAACUCCACCAAUUCCAGUUAAGUCUGUAUCUGUUGAGAAUACUUCUGAAGACAUUGGGACACUCCCCUGUGCAUAUAUAUCAUUAACAAAAGCAACAGGAUGUUGUUGGGCAUUCUCUGCAGUGGCAGCCAUGGAAAGAAUAACACAACUGGCAACUGGUAAGCUAACCUCUCUAUCUGAACAAGAGUUAGUAGAGUGUGAUACUAAAGGUGAAGAUCAAGGCUGCGAGGGUGGUCUAACGGAUGACGCCUUCGAAUUCAUACAAGAAAACCGAGGUUUAACCACAGAAGCUAACUACCCGUACAACGGAGUCGAUAAAAGCUGCAACACUAAGAAAGCAAACACCGAUGCUGCCUCAAUCAAUGGUUGCGAAGAUGUGCCAGCCAACAACGAGGCAUCUCUACUGAAGGCCGUUUCAAAGCAACCUGUUUCAGUUGCCAUUGAUGCCAGUGGCCAGGAAUUUCAGUUUUACUCAAGCGGGAUAUUCACAGGAACUUGUGGGACCGAAUUAGACCAUGGUGUUACUGCAGUAGGGUACGAGACUGAUAGUGAUGGAACUAAGUAUUGGCUCGUGAAGAAUUCAUGGGGAACUUCAUGGGGUGAGGAAGGAUACAUAAGGAUGCAAAGAGAUGUUGAUGUUAAUGAAGGUCUAUGCGGUAUUGCUAAUAAGUUACAUUAUUGUAACAUCUGCAUUAUCUUAUGCAUGUUUGCCUUCUAA